AUGAAAAUUACAAUUAGAUCCUUAUUAGGCCAUUCAUUUGAAUUGGAAGUAAAUCCAUCAGAUACUACUGAAGAUAUCAAAAGAAAAAUUGAAAAGCAUACAGAUACUCCAUUUGAUCAACAACGUUUACUAUUAUCAAAUAAAAAAAGAAUGGAAGAAGGUUCAACAAUUGAAGAUAGUGGAAUUAUUGAUGGUGACCACUUAGUUUUAUUCAUUAGACUACCUAAUCGUCGUUCUCUAACUAUUGAUCAUAGAUCAGAUUCAUAUACUGAGUUCAUAACAGCAAUUGAAAAAGAAUCUAAAUGUCAAACAACAAUAAUUUCAACCACCACCACAACUACAGAAAAUGAAAUCAAUAAUAAUAAUAACAAUAAUAAUAAUAAUAAUAAUAAUAAUAAUAAUAAUAAUAAUAAUAAUAAUAAUAAUAAUAAUAAUAAUAAUAAUAAUAAUAAUAAAAAUGAAUUAAGUAAUAGUAAUAGUAAUAGUCAUCAUGUAAAAAAGAAAAGAAAAAAUAUAAAAAAAGAACAUAAAUCAAAAGACUGUACAAUUCAAUAA